AUGAAGUCGGCAGUGUUUACCAGAGCUGGUGCUCAGAGCCUUCGCUCGGCGGCCAAGCCUUCGCAGCGGAUGAGCAUGGGCACUCUCGCCACUUUCAAGACUCCCAAGGUGGCCAACGAGCCAAACCACCACUACGCCAAGGGCAGUGCUCAGCGUCAGGGCCUGACUGCUGCCAUCGAGAGCUUCCAGAAGAAGUUGCCCAUUGAGGUUCCUGUUGUUGUCGGCGGCAGGGAGGUCAAAACAUCUGCCGUUUCUCAUCAACUAAACCCCUCCGAUCACGCCAGCAAGGUGGCCAACUAUCACACUGCCACUCCCGCCGAUGUCAACAGGGCCAUCGAGGCCGCUCUGGCCGCCAAGCCUGCCUGGGAGGCUCUGCCCUUCUCCGACCGUGCGGCCGUCUUCCUCAAGGCUGCCGACCUCAUCGCCAAUAAGUACCGUUAUGAGAUCAUGGCCUCUACCGUCCUCGGCCAGGGUAAAAACGCAUGGCAGGCCGAGAUUGACGCCGCCGCCGAGCUGGCAGACUUCUUCCGCUUCAACGUUCACUACGCGCAGGAGCUUCUCACCCAGCAGCCCGAGCACAACUCGCCUGGUUUGUGGAACCGUCUCGAGUAUCGCCCUCUGGAAGGUUUCGUUUACGCCGUGAGCCCCUUCAAUUUCACUGCCAUUGCCGGUAACUUGCCUGGCGCCCCGGCCCUCAUGGGCAACGUCGUUGUGUGGAAGCCCAGCGACUUUGCCAUUGCGUCCAACUGGCUCGUCUACCAGAUCCUCCUCGAGGCUGGCUUGCCCAAGGACGUCAUCCAGUUCGUCCCCGGUAACCCGGAGGAGAUCACCAAGACCGUCCUCGCCCACAAGGAGUUCACUGCUCUCCACUACACUGGCAGCACUGCCGUCUUUCGCAAGCUGUACGGUGCCAUUGGUCAGGGUGUUGCUGAGGGCCGUUACCGAUCGUACCCUCGAAUCGUCGGCGAGACUGGUGGCAAGAACUUCCAUUUGAUUCACCCGUCUGCUGAAAUCGACAAUGCCGUCAAGCACACCAUCCGGGGUGCUUUUGAGUUCCAGGGCCAAAAGUGCAGUGCCACAUCUCGUCUCUACGUCCCCAAGUCCCUCUGGCCCGAAUUCAAGCAGAAGCUCGCCGCAGAGGUUGGCAAGAUCAGCGUCGGCGAACCCUGGAACCAUGCCAACUUUUGCGGUCCCGUCAUCCACGCCGCCUCCUUCAAGAAGCUGUCCGGCGCCAUCGACGAGGCCAAGGCCGACAAGGAACUCCAGCUCGUCGCCGGUGGCAAGUACGAUUCUUCCAAGGGGUACUACGUCCACCCAACCAUCUUCGAGACCACCAACCCCGCCCACAAGUUCUUGUCUACCGAAUUCUUCGGUCCCAUCCUGACGGCCUACGUCUACGAUGAUGCCUCCCCCGACGCCUUUGGCAAGGCAUGCGAGCUCGUCGACUCCACCUCCGAGUACGGUCUCACGGGCGCCGUCUUUGCCACCGACCGUGAGGCCAUCCGCUUCGCCGAGGAUAAGCUGCGCAAUGCUGCCGGCAACUUUUACAUCAAUUGUAAGAGCACCGGCGCUGUCGUCGGCCAGCAGGCCUUUGGUGGUGCCCGUGCCUCUGGCACCGACGACAAAGCCGGCAGCCCCAACCUGCUCACACGAUUCGUCAACAUUCGUGCUCUCAAGGAAGAGUUCAAUGCCACCACCCAGGUCCCCUAUCCCAGCAACGAGGUUUAA